AUGGAUCAUAGGACAUGUAAGAUUGACUACAUACCUGAUAACUGUGCAGGAAUAGGGGACAGUGAAGAAUACAAGGGGACAAUGUGGCUGUUGAAUCAAAAGUUGAAAGAAAUAGAUUCCGUAAUGAAAAAGGCAACAGUCAGGGAUAAGGAGAUUGAUGUUUGCUAUGACAACCUCAUCCAAGAAAUUGUCAAAUUCCGAAAAGAAAUAAAUGAUCGCUUAGACCAACUGCAAAAACAAAUUGAGAAAGAGGCUGACAGAAAGAAAUCUGAUGAUAAACAAGUCAUCAAGAAAGCGCUUCAAACAUGUACAAAUGUUUCUGCUGAUAUGAACAAACUUCAGUCAAAUUUAAGUUCUAACAAUCAAUCAAAACAGAAUGGGCAACUUUACAUCAACAUUAAACAAGCUCAAUCCAACUUGAAGUCAGAUGAAAUAGAGAAGGCUGAAGAAACUUUAGAAAAGACAAACAUGCAAUACACCUUUGAACGUAACAAAAACUUAGAAGAUAUACUGUUCAAACCAAAUAUUCUUGGUAGCCUCAACCUAUCCAACAAUCUAGUCCUGCCACGAAAGAAAGUUGACAAGCUUAUCGAAAAAGAAGAUAUAAAUGUAAGAACAAAGUCAGAUACUUGUAAAUGCCGUAUUACAGGAUGUGCUGUCUUGUCCUCUAACAAACUGGUGCUGGCUUAUUAUUGUAUUAGCAAGCUUAAAAUUGUAGACAUACAAAGUAAAACUGUGACAGAAGAGAAAGCACUUGACUCCGGACCAUGGGAUAUUGCUGCAAUGCCUAGGGACCAGAUUGCUGUGACACUGCCAGACAACAGUGAGGUUAUCAUAAUAAAAGCAGCCAGUAAUCUGUCAACUGUCCACAACAUUCCAGUUAAAUCUGAAUGCUAUGGUAUAACUUAUCAUCAAGAUCAUCUCUAUGUUGUUUGUAAAUACCCUUACAGUGUACUGGUACUGGAUAAACAAGGCACUGACUGGUACAUGAUCUCCCUGAAUAAUGAAAUAUUUAAAUACCCAGAAUAUAUUGUGGUAAGUAAGGAUUCCAGACAUAUCUAUAUCAGUGACUAUGGUAUCGACUGUAUAGUCAGUAUAACAUUACAAGGUGAUGUAUCAGCUGUAUACAAACACGAGAGACUUAGUGGACCACGGGGAAUGGUGAUGUUAGAUGAUGGAUCAUUGCUGGUGUGCUGCUACACGAGUAGAACCAUUCAUCAUAUAUCAGGAGACUUGAAGAAAGGUCAGAAAAUGAUAGAUGAUCUACCAUGGACAAGGUCUAUAUGCUACAGUCAUCAUCAUGAUGAAGUCUAUAUCGGCUGCAAAAGUAAUCAGCUGAAGAACUACAGGUUGAAAUAA